AUGAACAAUGUUGAUUCAUACUACUACAUGCAGGGUCAAGAACAAGCAGGCUCCAAUAAUGGAGCACAGCAGCUGGACAUAAAGAAGGAGGAGGAUAUUGAUACCUUCAGUGCUGGCGUUCAAGACUCUGCAGCGGCCGCAGCCGUCAAACAAGAACUUGGUGUCAAACUCGAUACAAGCGAUCACCAACUACAACAACAACAACAACAACAACAAUCUCCGACAUUGACUACGACAUCGACCACAGCGACAAGCGAUGUCGCAUCACCCACCAAUGAAGUAUAUGCCAUCUUACUCACACCUGGCGAUCGAGCACCCUUCGUCCAGGAUCUGCCCGACUCAUUCAUCUCGCUGGCAUUGGGCCGCGCGCACAAGGACGACCCCGCCUCACAGGUCUUCACCAACACGUCGUCGGUGUGCAAGCGCUGGCGCCGUCUGUCGGUCGAGCGCAUCACCAACUACACAUUCAUCCUGCCAGCCGACCGCAAGGUCACGCACUUUGUCUACAACAUGGCCAACAACCAAUAUACCAACCUGCACGCGUUGCACUACAAGGUCAACUCGCCCACACUGUACGACAUCACGGGCUUUGUGCGACCCAUACUCUCCAACAACACGACGUUGACGGCACUGGAGGCGCCCCAAUGUGGCAUCGGAAACAAGGCCGCGACAUCGAUUGGCAACUGUUUGGCCACCAACAGCACGCUGACGCGACUCAAUCUCUCAUUCAACUCGAUUGGCAAUGAGGGCGCCGAGGAGAUCUCCAAGGCGCUGGCCGUCAACAAGAAGCUGCUGCACCUGGAUCUCUCACUCAACUGCAUCGGCCUCAAGGGCGCCAAGGCGCUCAGCACAGCGGUACAGACCAGCGUCACCCUGCAGGAGCUCAACCUGGCCAAGAACAGGUUCGGCUCCAAGGGCAUGGACGUGCUGAUUGACGCCGUUAGCAAGAACAAUGGUCUGCUCAACAUCGACAUCUCCAAGAACGAGCUCAACGACAAGAACUGCAAGGCACUGGGCGAGGCGCUCAAGAAGCACAAGUCGCUGCAGUCACUCAAUCUGUGCGACACAUCGCUCAAGACAGAGUCCACACGAUUCAUUUGCGAAGCGCUGCAGGGAUGUCCGACCAUCCAGUCGGUGGACCUCUCCCGCAAUGACUUUGGCUACAAGUGCAGCAAGUUCCUGUCGGCGGCACUCGAGCACAGCACCUCCCUCACCUUCCUCGACCUAUGCGGCAACGACAUUGGCGACAAGGGCACAAUAAUGCUCGCUGAGGGACUGGCCAACAACAAGACCGUUCAAAGCCUCAGUCUGGCCUUCAACAACAUUGGGUCAAGUGGCGCACAGAGCAUUGGCAACGCGAUCAAGACAAACGACUCGCUCACGCACCUCGACCUGUCGAUCAACGCCGAGAUCGGACCGUCGGGCGCGGCGGCCAUCAGCGAGGGCCUUUGCUACAACAAGCGUCUGUUGCACGUGUCGUUCUGCACGAACGGCUUUGGACCUCAAGGUGCCAAGGCGCUGGCCGAGGCGCUGCGCUUCAACACCACGCUGACAAAGAUCGAGCUGCGCGGCAAUGAGAUUGGCGACGAGGGCUGUCGUGCCAUCUGUGAGUCACUGCGCAACAACACAUCGGUGGUGGAUAUCAACCUGUCAGCCAAUGGCAUCACGACGGAGGGAUGUCGGCCACUGUGCGAGGCGCUCUGGUUCAACCGGUCCCUUCAGCUCAUGGUCCUCACACACAACUCGAUCGGACAGAGCGAUGUCCAGUUGAUGAGGUACACACUGCAGCAAGGUUACAUCAUGACUCUUGACGCCUACAUCUAUCCUCCCAACUCUCAGACCACCCUCUCCAAUCUUUACCUCAAUCGUUCCAAUGGCACUGUGUGUCGUGUAAUGAUCUAA